AAUUGAGGUCCAAGAGGAAGAAGCACUUGGAUUGGGCCAGUACAUUUCAUGAAAAAUAGUAAGAAAACAAAGAGCGUUGAGCUGAGUUGAUAGAAGCGCGAGUCUGAGAUAGUGUGCGUUUAAGUGUGGACUGUGGAGAAGAAGAAAGAAUGUUAGAAGAGUGAAAUUGUGAAGAUGAAGAGCAUGAACGACGAUGCUUCCACACAAGAUCUCGACCCUCAAAGCGACCACAGCUCCGAUUAUUUGACUCAACCACACCCUCACCCUCAGGUUCGCCGUCCCCGAGGUUUCGCCGCCGCCGCUGCUGCGGCGGCGACGGCCACUAAUUCCGGCGCUAAGGGAAAGAAAGAGAGAGAAAAGGAGAAGGAGCGCACCAAGCUCCGUGAGCGACACCGUCGAGCCAUCACGAGCCGCAUGCUUGCUGGUCUCCGUCAGUACGGGAAUUUCCCUCUGCCGGCGCGUGCUGACAUGAACGACGUACUCGCCGCGCUCGCGCGUGAGGCUGGUUGGGUUGUCGACGCCGAUGGCACCACCUAUCGCCAGUGUCCCCCUCCUUCUCACAUGGGUUCGUUUGCGGCACGGUCAGUUGAAAGUCAACUCUCUGCUGGCUCUUUGAGAAAUUGCUCUGUUAAGGAAACGCUUGAGAAUCGGCCAUCUGUGCUUAGAAUUGACGAAUGCUUGUCGCCUGCGUCCAUUGAUUCUGUUGUAAUUGCAGAAAGGGACUCAAAGAAUGAGAAAUAUACAAAUGCUAGCCCCAUCAAUUCUGUUGAAUGCUUGGAGGCUGAUCAGCUUAUGCAAGAUAUACAUCCUGGGGUGCAUGAAAAUGACUUUACUGGCACGCCAUACGUUCCUGUUUAUGUAAAGCUUCCAGCUGGUAUUAUUAACAAAUUUUGCGAGUUGAUUGAUCCAGAAGGCAUUAGGCAGGAGCUAAUCCAUAUCAAGUCUUUAAAUAUAGAUGGUGUUGUUGUGGAUUGUUGGUGGGGCAUUGUUGAAGGUUGGAACCCUCAGAAAUAUGUGUGGUCUGGUUAUAGGGAGCUUUUUAACAUCAUUAGAGAAUUCAAGCUGAAUUUACAGGUUGUUAUGGCAUUCCAUGAAUGUGGAGGGAAUGAUUCUAGUGAUGCAUUGAUUGCCCUUCCACAAUGGGUUUUGGAUAUUGGAAAAGACAACCAGGAUAUAUUCUUCACAGAUCGUGAAGGAAGGAGGAAUACUGAAUGCCUUUCUUGGGGGAUUGACAAAGAACGUGUACUCAAAGGAAGAACUGGUAUUGAGGUCUAUUUUGAUAUGAUGAGAAGCUUUCGAACAGAGUUUGAUGAUCUGUUUGCUGAAGGUCUGAUUUCUGCUGUUGAAAUUGGACUUGGAGCAUUGGGGGAGCUGAAAUAUCCUUCUUUCUCAGAAAGAAUGGGAUGGAGGUAUCCUGGUAUCGGUGAGUUUCAGUGCUAUGAUAAAUACCUGCAACAUAGUCUGCGCAGAGCAGCCAAAUUACGUGGUCACUCUUUCUGGGCUAGAGGACCUGAUAAUGCUGGUCAUUACAAUUCUAUGCCACAUGAAACUGGAUUCUUUUGUGAGAGAGGUGAUUACGACAACUAUUAUGGACGCUUCUUCUUACAUUGGUACUCCCAGACGCUAAUAGACCAUGCAGAUAAUGUUUUGUCUCUUGCAACCCUUGCUUUUGAGGAAACAAAAAUAAUUGUCAAGGUUCCUGCUGUUUAUUGGUGGUAUAAGACUCCUAGUCAUGCAGCAGAGUUGACAGCAGGAUAUCACAACCCAACAAAUCAGGAUGGAUACUCUCCUGUGUUUGAGGUUCUGAGAAAACAUGCCGUCACCAUGAAAUUUGUCUGCUUAGGAUUUCAUCUUUCCAGCCAGGAAGCCAACGAAUCAUUGGUUGAUCCAGAGGGUUUGAGUUGGCAGGUAUUAAACUCAGCUUGGGAUCGUGGGUUGAUGGCUGCUGGAGAGAAUGCACUUCUUUGCUAUGAUAGAGAAGGGUACAAAAGAUUGGUUGAGAUGGCAAAGCCCAGAAAUGACCCUGAUCGCCGGCACUUCUCAUUCUUUGUUUAUCAGCAACCAUCUUUGCUACAGGGAAAUGUUUGUUUGUCCGAAUUGGAUUUCUUCAUCAAAUGCAUGCACGGUGAGGUGACAGAUCUGUAAUUGCUGCAAAUUUUACUUUUAACCGUAGGCCAAUUUAUGGGGCGUAAUAACCUUAUCUUAUGGCAAUGCAACACCAUCUGUAACAUUGUCAUCUAUGUAUAAUAUUCAUAGGCUUCAAGAUGUGGCUUAGUCCUCAAGCAGCGGCGCAACAUAUAAAUCAGCUUUUUGCAAGCUUGGUAAUGCCCGAGGUUUAAGUUCUGGCAUUCCAACUUUUAAAUUCUAUCUAACCGAUAAAAUUGGCGAUUAUGAAAUGUGGUUAUGGAUGGGAGUAUUUUAUGAAAAAAAUUGUUAGCGAUUAUAAAAAACAAUUCAUAUUGGCACUUUGUCUAAGCUGUUACUUCAUAAUGUAUUUGGAUGCUUCAAAAUGUAUUCAGCCACUAAACCUAAUCUUUUGACAUGAUGAAAAUAUACAUCCGGUCCGCUUAAGCAUGGGUUGAGUGCGGC